CCUUUCCCCACCCCCGGCGCCCGGCCCUGCCGCCAGCCCUGCGCUCCUCCAGCCGCUCUGCGCAUCUCUCCGGCCACAUCGUCCGCACCAUGAAGGCGCUCCUGCUCGCUGUGCUGGCCGCGGUGCUGUGCGUGGAGAGAGCCCACACGCUUGUCUGCUUUUCCUGCUCGGAUGCCUCCUCCAACUGGGCCUGCCUGACGCCUGUCCAGUGUGGAGAGAAUGAAAACCACUGUGUGACGACGUACGUCGGAGUGGGACUCGGCGGCAAAUCCGGCCAGUCCAUCUCCAAGGGAUGCUCUCCCAUCUGCCCCAGCGCCGGGAUCAACCUGGGAAUUGCGGCCGCCUCCGUUUACUGCUGCGACUCCUUCCUCUGCAACAUCAGCGGUUCCAGCAGCGUCCGAGCCAGCUCCACCCUCCUGGCCUUGGGAAUCCUCAUCAGCUUCAUCUACGUCCUCUGGGCUCGCCAGUGAUGGGGCUGCCUGAGGAAGGGCCGCCUCCCACGGGUCUCGUUAGCCAAUAUCUUCUCUGUUGCUGUCUGCAAGGAGAUCCUCUACUUCUCAGCAGGCUUCCAAGGUGAUUGUUUCCCAGACUUUUUUUGCUCUUCCAAGCGAGUUGGAGGACCUGGGUGGUUUGGCUGAGCUUGUUCUCCUCCUCCUGUGGACGUCUCCCGCUGCACUCUCGCUCCUCCUUCGCCGAGGUGGAUGAUUUUUGGAAGGGUUUCUGCUUUUUCUACCUAUUAAUAAUCCCCCCUCCCACCUCCCCUAAUUUCUAAAGUUGGUUAAACCAGGCUGGGACUCGCAGAGAACAGAUUCACCCCAAGCACCACCAGGUCUGCUCCAGCAUAUGGGUGGCAGAGGCAGAGGGAAUGCAGGAUCCAAAGGGAGACACAGCUGCAGUCUCUUUUUAUAAAAUAGUCUCGUUUCUUCUGAUCCUGGGCUGACUUUUCUGGAAAACCAAUGCCGUGUACCUUGUCCUUCCAAGUUCUGUAAGUGCCAGACCUGAAUAAACUUGCUCCUGUUGUUACCUGA